AGUACUUUCUGAAGGUUCUUAUACCUAGUUAUGCUGCUGGAUCUAUAAUUGGGAAGGGAGGACAGACAAUUGUUCAGUUGCAAAAAGAAACUGGAGCCACUAUCAAGCUGUCUAAGUCCAAAGAUUUUUAUCCAGCUCUAGCAUAAAGUUAAACAACAUCUGCAGAGAUCUGACUGACAAACAUCUCUCUGGGACUCAUCACUGCAGCUUGCAGCAGGUGCAUUCAGCUCUGCAGCCCUCUCCAAAAAGAGAUAAUUUUAGUGCUUGGGACUUUGAAACCGCGAUAUGGACGUCACUCCAGGACAGAUCUUGAGCAUGCGCAAACACUGUGUGCUUUUCGUCAUUGAGCCGCUGCUGCUCCCUGCAGGGCCUGUCGGCAUGAUUGACAGGACCAGAUGAGAAGUGAAAGCAGUAUCUUGAGUUUUUUAAGAGUAAGAUGAGUCAGGUAAGAUUAUUUGAUGUGGAAAAUAUAUUUUUGACCAUUUUAAACUAGUUUUUAUUCAGUAUACAUUCAAAAUCAUUGUUUUUUAUUUGUAGACAUAAUUAGGUUUUACUUUUCAGUAUAUUUGUAAUUUUUAAUAAAAUUUUCUGUAUACUUAGCCAUUUUUAAAUUUUAGAGGGUAUUAUUUUUCUUGGGAAAUGUACACAUACUUUCUGAAGUUUGGCAAAAUUAAGUUCUUUCCAUUUUACAGAUUUUUGAGAUUCAUUUUACUUUGAAGGCCCCAUAAUGCAAUCCUGUGUUCCUUUUAAUAUGUGAUAAAUGCUGAUUCAGCCUGAUGUUAAAGAAAGUGAUUCUCAUCUAAAUUGUGAAUGCUUUCCUGCUCUAGGGCUAGAUUGGCCUUGACUGUAUUUUAAGGCUUGUUCUCUGUGGAGCGGAAUGGAAGGGAGGAAUGGUGUAGCCAUUUCAGCAACACAGAACAAUAUACGUGCUUUGCUGGAUUUGAACUCAAGGCCUUACACAUGCUAGGCAAGCCUCUGCCAUUAAGCUAGAUUCUAAACCCCGUGCCGCCAGCUGCAGAAGAAAUUGUACAUGGGCCCGUACAGAAGGUAUUUCUCCACUGUGCCAUCCGCAGAGUGACACUGACUAGGAGUACUACAUAGACUGUACUACUGAGAGGGUGUGCUUGAUCCAGGGAACAGUUGAAGCACUGAAUGCCGUUCAUGGAUUCAUUGCAGAAAAAAUUCGAGAAAUGCCCCAAAAUGUUGCCAAGACAGAACCAGUCAGCAUACUACAACCUCAGACCACCGUUAACCCUGAUCGCAUCAAACAAACAUUGCCAUCUUCCCCAACUACCACCAAGUCCUCUCCAUCUGACCCCAUGACCACCUCCAGAGCUAAUCAGGUAAAGAUUAUAGUUCCCAACAGCACAGCAGGUCUGAUAAUAGGGAAGGGAGGUGCUACUGUGAAGGCUAUAAUGGAGCAGUCAGGGGCUUGGGUGCAGCUUUCCCAGAAACCCGAUGGGAUCAACUUGCAAGAGAGGGUUGUCACUGUGAGUGGAGAACCUGAACAAAACCGAAAAGCUGUUGAACUUAUCAUCCAGAAGAUUCAAGAGGAUCCACAGAGUGGCAGCUGUCUCAAUAUCAGUUAUGCCAACGUGACAGGUCCAGUGGCAAAUUCCAAUCCAACCGGAUCUCCUUAUGCAAACACUGCUGAAGUGUUACCAAGUGCUGCAGCAGCCGCAGGGCUAUUAGGACAUGCUAACCUUGCCGGCGUUGCGGCCUUCCCAGCAGUGUUAUCUGGCUUCACGGGCAAUGACCUGGUGGCCAUCACCUCUGCACUUAAUACAUUAGCCAGCUACGGAUAUAAUCUCAACACCUUAGGUUUAGGUCUCAGCCAAGCAGCAGCAACGGGGGCUUUGGCUGCAGCAGCUGCCAGUGCCAACCCAGCAGCAGCAGCAGCCAACUUGUUGGCCACCUAUGCCAGUGAAGCCUCAGCCAGCGGCAGCACAGCUGGUGGGACGGCGGGGACAUUUGCAUUAGGUAGCCUGGCUGCUGCUACUGCUGCAACCAAUGGAUACUUUGGAGCUGCCUCGCCCCUAGCUGCCAGUGCCAUUCUAGGGACAGAGAAAUCCACAGAUGGAUCCAAGGAUGUAGUUGAAAUAGCAGUUCCAGAAAACUUAGUUGGUGCAAUACUUGGCAAAGGAGGGAAAACCUUAGUAGAAUACCAGGAGUUGACUGGUGCAAGGAUACAGAUCUCCAAAAAGGGAGAAUUCGUACCUGGCACAAGGAAUCGGAAGGUAACCAUUACUGGAACACCAGCUGCAACACAGGCUGCUCAGUAUUUAAUUACACAGAGGAUCACAUACGAGCAAGGAGUUCGCGCUGCCAACCCUCAGAAAGUGGGUUGAGUGCCCCAAUUAUAUGUCAGAUUGUUUUAACCCUUCCUUUACCCCAUUUUCAAGAAGGAUGUACUGUACUUUGCAGAAGUGAAGUUUUUCUGUUAUUAAUAUAUAAUUAUGCAAAUGAAUGCGACUAUGUUGACAAUGUGUAUAUGUAAAUA